AUGACGGCUAGGGGUGGAGCUGUCACCCCCCCACCCCCCUCCGGCGAGCCCCGCCUAGCCCGGGCGCUGGAGCGCAGGGCGAGGCCAGGGCGGGGUCUCGGGCAGUCUCCUGCCGAUCCCGAGUGGAGCCGGCGGCCGAGCGUGACUGCGCCGAGCCCGUGGAGUCGCCGCGCCCCGCAGCCGCCCCGUCCGGUCCCCGCCUUGCGCGUGGGCCCCGCUGGGAUGCGGAGCCGCCGGGGCCUGGGCCAGCCGCGGGCCGGCCUCUGCCUGCUCCUGGCCUCGCUGCAGCUUCUUCCCUGGACGCAGGCCGGAAUUUCUCAGGGGCCCCCCAGGGGUCCCGGUGGCCGCAGGACGGGUGACUCAGCGCUGACGCAUGCCCAGCUGCGCGCAUCUGGCCGGGCGCCGCGCCCCGCCCUGCGGGAUCGGGGUGGGGGGAGCCCCGGGGCAGAACCUGUGGAUGUGUUGAAGGCCCUGGGCCUGCGGGGGGGCCAGGCUGGGGUCCCCGAGGGGCCUGGCUUCUGCCCCCAGAGGGCUCCAGAGGGCGAUCGGGCAUUCAGGGUGGGCGAGGCCAGUGUGCUCAGCGUCCCCACGUGGGAGCUCUUUCCAGAUGGGCACUUUCCUGAGAACUUCUCCGUGUUGAUCACGCUGCGGGGCCAGUCAGCCAAUCAGGCUGUCCUUCUAUCCAUUUACGAUGAGAAGGGUGGCCGGCAGCUGGGCCUGGCACUGGGGCCAUCUCUGGGCCUCCUGGGGGGCCCCUUCAGCCCCCUCCCCCAGGAGGUCAACCUCACAGAUGGCAGGUGGCACCGUGUGGCAGUCAGCAUAGAUGGUGGAAUAGUGACCCUGGUGACUGACUGUGUGCCUCAGCCAUCUGUGUUGGGCCAGGGGUCUCCAUUCAUCAGCACAGCUGGACUCACCGUGCUGGGGACCCAGCACCCCUGGGAAGAGACUUUCAAGGGAGACAUUCAGGAGCUGUUGAUAAGCCCGGAUCCUCAGGCUGCCUUCCAGGCCUGUGAGCAGUACCUCCCUGGCUGUGACAACCUGGAUCCCAUAACCACAGGGGCCCCCCAGGGUGAGACAGAAACCCCUCCUCCCCGACGACGCAAGGGGAAGGGAAAAGGGAAGAAAAAAGGGCGAGGUCGCAAGGGAAAGGGCAGGAAAAAGAAGAACAGGGAAGCUUCGACCUUGAGACCACCUCCUGAGAACCAGACCUCCACCGACAUCCCCAAGACAGAGACGGCAGCGUCAAAUCUGCCUCCGACUCCCACGCCUUUGGUCAUCACCACCACUGUGACGAUUGGCCACAAUGUCACCAUCCUAGAGGAGGGCCUGGACCCUGACAAUGGAACUGAACUAGGGGUCCCAGAGACUGAAGCAGCCAGAGGAGAUGAAGAAAGAGGUGACCCCAUCAUGAGCCCUGACUUCCGGGCAGCAGAACAGCCAUCUUGGGUUGAUUUCAAGAUCUUUCCUGGCACUGGAAAGAAAGGGGAAAAAGGAGAACCCGCAGUGAUUGAAGAGGGACAGCAGUUUGAGGGACCUGCAGGAGCCCCAGGACCCCGCGGGGUGGUUGGCCCCUCAGGCCCUCCUGGCCCUCCGGGAUUCCCUGGGGACCCAGGUCUACCGGGCCCUGCCGGCCUCCCAGGAAUCCCUGGCAUUGACGGGAUCCAGGGCCUGCCAGGCACUGUGAUCAUGAUGCCGUUCCAGUUUGCAGGUGGCUCCCUCAAGGGACCCCCAGUCUCCUUCCAGCAGGCCCAGGCUCAGGCCAUACUGCAACAGGCUCAGCUCUCCAUGAAAGGCCCCCCUGGCCCGGUGGGGCUCACUGGGCGCCCAGGCCCUGUGGGUGUCCCUGGAUAUCCAGGGCUGAAAGGAGAGGCAGGAGUGAUGGGGCCACAGGGUCCCCGAGGCCUACAGGGACCUCAUGGGCCCCCUGGCCGGGAGGGCAAGAUGGGCCACCCUGGAGCAGAUGGGCCUCGGGGCCUCCCUGGGGACACAGGACCUAAGGGGGAUCGGGGCUUUGAUGGCCUGCCAGGGCUCCCUGGUGAGAAGGGUCAAAGGGGUGACUUUGGCCACGUGGGGCAACCUGGCCCCCCAGGAGAGGAUGGUGAGAAGGGAGCAGAGGGACCUCCAGGGCCCACCGGCCAGGCUGGGGAGCCGGGCCCCCGAGGACUGAUUGGCCCCAGAGGGUCCCCCGGCCCCCUGGGACGCCCGGGUGUCAUCGGAAUCGAUGGUGCCCCAGGUGCCAAAGGCAAUGUGGGUCCUCCAGGAGAACCAGGUCCUCCGGGACAGCAGGGAAACCAUGGGUCCCAGGGAAUCCCCGGCCCUCAGGGACCCAUUGGCACUCCUGGAGAGAAGGGUCCCCCUGGAAACCCAGGAAUUCCAGGCCUCCCAGGAGCUGAAGGCCCGCCGGGUCACCCAGGCCAUGAGGGCCCCACAGGAGAGAAAGGGGCCCAGGGUCCACCAGGGUCAGCAGGCCCUCCGGGCUAUCCUGGAUCUCGGGGCGUGAAGGGCACCUCUGGCAACAGGGGCCUCCAGGGAGAGAAAGGCGAGAAGGGAGAGGAUGGCUUCCUGGGCUUCAAGGGUGAUGUGGGGCUCAAAGGUGAUCGGGGACACCCCGGACCCCCGGGUCCCCGGGGAGAGGACGGUCCUGAGGGGCUGAAGGGGCAGGAGGGGCUGGCUGGUGAGGAGGGGCCCCCAGGCUCAGCUGGGGAGAAGGGCAAGCUUGGGGUGCCAGGUCUCCCAGGUUAUCCAGGACGCCCGGGACCUAAGGGAUCGAUUGGAUUUCCUGGGCCCCAGGGACCAUUAGGAGAGAAAGGGAAGCGGGGGAAGGCAGGGCAGCCAGGGCUGGAAGGAGAGCGGGGACCACCAGGCUCCCGUGGAGAGAGGGGGCAACCAGGGGCCACGGGGCAACCAGGCCCCAAGGGAGAUGUGGGCCAGGACGGGGCCCCUGGAAUACCCGGAGAAAAGGGCCUCCCUGGCCUGCAAGGCCCCCCGGGAUUCCCUGGGCCAAAAGGCCCCCCUGGUGUCCAGGGGAAAGAUGGGCUACCAGGGCACCCUGGACAGAGAGGAGAGUUGGGCUUCCAAGGUCAGACGGGCCCACCUGGACCAGCUGGUGUCCUGGGUACUCAGGGAAAGACAGGAGAAGUGGGGUCUCUAGGCGAGAGGGGUCCCCCGGGUCCCCCUGGACCUCCUGGUGAACAAGGUCUUCCAGGCCUGGAAGGCAGAGAAGGGGCCAAGGGGGAACUGGGACCACUUGGACCCCAUGGAAAGGAGGGGCCACCUGGACCCAGGGGCUUCCCCGGCCCCCAAGGAGCCCCUGGGGAUCCAGGACCCACUGGUUUGAAGGGUGACAAGGGCCCCCCAGGGCCUGUCGGGGCCAAUGGCUCUCCUGGUGAGCGGGGUCCUUUAGGCCCAGCGGGAGGCAUUGGGCUUCCUGGCCAAAGUGGAAACCAAGGCCCUGUUGGCCCUGCAGGCGAGAAGGGGUCCCCGGGAGAGCGUGGCCCCCCUGGUCCCACUGGCAAAGACGGGAUUCCAGGGCCCUUGGGGCUUCUGGGACCCCCUGGAGCUGCUGGGCCUUCUGGUGAGGAAGGCGACAAGGGGGAAGUGGGUGCCCCUGGUCACAAGGGGAGCAAAGGCGAUAAGGGAGAUGCGGGCCCACCUGGACCAACAGGGAUACGGGGUCCUGUGGGACACCCAGGCUCCCCAGGAGCAGAUGGGGCUCAGGGACGCCGGGGACCCCCAGGCCUCUUUGGGCAGAAAGGCGAUGAUGGAGUCAGAGGCUUUGUAGGGAUGAUUGGCCCCCCUGGCCUGCAGGGGCUGCCAGGCCCUCCCGGAGAGAAGGGGGAUGUCGGCGACGUAGGGUCCAUGGGUCCCCAUGGAGCUCCAGGUCCUCGGGGUCCCCAGGGCCCCAGCGGAUCAGAGGGCCCUCCAGGGCUCCCUGGAGGAGUUGGUCAGCCAGGAGCUGUGGGCGAGAAGGGUGAGCAAGGGGAGGCUGGAGACCCAGGACCCCCAGGAUCCCCAGGCAUCCCAGGCCCCAAGGGAGAAUUUGGUGAAAAGGGAGACUCAGGCCAAUCUGGGGCUCCUGGACCCCCAGGCAAAAAAGGACCCCCUGGAGAGGAUGGAGCUAAAGGGAACGUGGGCCCUACAGGGCUCCCCGGAGAUCCAGGGCCCCCAGGAGACCCUGGAGUUUCGGGUAUAGAUGGUCCCCCAGGGGAGAAGGGAGACCCUGGUGAUGUUGGGGGACCGGGUCCACCUGGUGCUUCUGGGGAACCCGGUGCCCCUGGGCCCCCUGGCAAGAGGGGUCCUUCGGGCAACAUGGGUCGAGAAGGCAAAGAGGGAGAGAAAGGUGCCAAGGGGCAGCCAGGUCCUGAUGGGCCCCCAGGGCAGACAGGCCCAGCAGGGGCUCGAGGGCCCCCUGGGCGUGCUGGGCCUGAGGGUCUUCCAGGGAUCCCCGGCCCUGUGGGUGAACCAGGCCUCUUGGGACCCCCUGGACAUAUGGGCCCUCCUGGCCCCCUGGGACCUUCCGGCCUUCCAGGGCUGAAAGGAGAUGCUGGCCUCAAGGGAGAAAAGGGCCACAUCGGAUUAAUUGGGCUCAUCGGCCCCCCUGGGGAGGCUGGAGAGAAAGGGGAUCAGGGGUUGCCAGGCGUGCAGGGGCCCCCUGGCCCCAAGGGAGACCCUGGUCCUCCUGGUCCCAUGGGCUCUCUGGGCCCCCCUGGGCCCUCAGGUGUGGUGGGCCCUCUGGGACAGAAGGGCUCAAAGGGGUCCCCGGGAUCACUUGGUCCCCGUGGAGACACUGGACCUGCAGGCCCCCCUGGUCCCCCCGGUCCCUCUGCAGAGCUGCACGGGCUGCGCCGCCGGCGCUCGGUCCGGGGCCCUGGGGCCCUGGAGGACGGCCUGGAGGAGGUGCUGGCCACGCUCACGUCGCUGAGCUUCGAGCUGGAGCAGCUGCAGCGCCCCCCGGGCACAGCCGAGCGUCCGGGCCUCGUGUGCCACGAGCUGCACCGCAACCACCCGCACCUGCCCGAUGGGGACUACUGGAUUGAUCCCAACCAGGGCUGCGCUCGGGACGCACUCAAGGUUUUCUGCAACUUCACGGCGGGAGGAGAGACCUGCCUGUACCCCGACAAGAAGUUCGAGACCGUGAAACUGGCCUCCUGGUCCAAGGAAAAGCCUGGGAACUGGUAUAGCACAUUCCGUCGAGGGAGGAAGUUUUCCUACGUGGACGCCGAUGGCUCCCCAGUGAACGUGGUACAGCUGACCUUCCUGAAAUUGCUGAGCGCCACGGCCCACCAGAGCUUCACCUACUCCUGCCAGAACUCGGCCGCCUGGCUGGAUGAAGCUGCGGGUGACUACGGCCACUCCCUCCGCUUCCUUGGGGCCAACGGGGAGGAGCUGUCCUUCAACCAGACAGCAGCAGCCACCAUCAGUGUCCCCUAUGAUGGCUGUCGGCUCCGGAAGGGACAGGCGAAGACCGUCUUGGAGUUCAGUUCUUCCCAAGUGGGCUUUCUGCCCCUGUGGGACGUGGCUGCCACUGACUUUGGCCAGACGAACCAGAAGUUUGGGUUUGAAUUGGGCCCUGUCUGCUUUAGCAGCUGAAGUCUCUGGGGUGGGAGGGACAGUGGGGACAGUGAGGGAGCCCUAGAUGGGGCACAUUUGGUGCUGAGGCUUUGAAGCCACCAUAUUUAUCAUCUCUUGUGACUCUGGAACCAGGUGAUGUGACUCUGCUCAUCACGGUCAAACAAUAUUCCCUCUCCCUUCCAGGGGGCCUGGAGACUGGACUUCCCUGGCCCAAGGGUCCAGCCUCUGCCCACCCCACCCCACCCCACCCCAGGUGGCAAAACUGUAGUCUGGCUCUUUCUCCCCUCCAUCCCUCCCCAGCCCUCAAUUCCCCUCCCCUAAACCCCUGUGCAAUGAGCUUCUAACUCAAAGCAGAUGAACGCCCCCCACACCUGCCUCCCUAGCCCACCAUCAGCACCCUCACACCCUUUGGUGCUACCCUUCCCCAUAGUUAAGCACUGGAUGUCUCCUGAUCCCAAGCUGGGAACCCUUCACUCAUUCCUAUUCCCAGGUGGGUUCACGGUGAAGGGACUGAAGUCAGACUCCAGAGGGAAGAGGGACUUCCCUUGACUGAGCUGUGUGUUUCUUCUGCUGCCUCAGCCCAGCUCUGCAUAAUUCCCUCCCCCCAUCCCCCAUUUCCCUAAACUCACCUUGCCAUGCCAGGUGGCUUGGGGACCAAGAUAGUGGGGGUGAAUCAGGAUCCUAAUGGUGCUGCCCUAUUUAUACCUGGGUCUGUAUUAAAAGGGAAAAUCCCCUCUGUUGUAUAUUUAAUCUGCUUCCUCCUUAGGGAAGGCUGGGAUAUGAUGAGAAAGAUUCCAGCACAACCCCCUCCCCCCCCCAGGCCA